CUAAUUGACCAGGGCCAGCAGACAGCUGACACCGGUUCACAGCAACAAGUGGUUCCUGCUGACAUGAAGUUAGGACCUGCAGAGGGACAACAAACAGGGUUCACGCUCCUGAAUGCUCGGCUGAAUUGAUCUGGAUUUUUUCCCCCACCAUUUAGCUGAAAUUUAAAAGGACUUGGUGCUCACAGUCUACUUCCUGCGACCACAGCCUGCUCCGUCAACUUCUCCACAUGCAUCAGAACAUCCCCAGGCAUGCCUUCACUCCCGUCCUGCACCAGUCCUCGAGCAUCCUGCCAAAUCCAGCAUUGAUGGGACCUCAGGACAGAAAUUUUAACACAAACCUGCCCGGACAAACAAUGAGGACUUUCUUUGCACCCAUCACAGCCUCGCACAGAGCAACAACUAGAUCCUCUAACUCAACAAUACGAGGGAGAUGGGGCGCACUGCACGUGUGUAUUGCGUGGAAAAUUUACCACCACAAACAACUCAAGAAAUUGCAACAAAUGCACAGCAGUCAACAGGAGCUGACACCUGAGUGUCCUGCUAGCAGUCCCUCUGCCUCUGUGCAACAAAAGGAACUACACCAGCCGUGUGCACACCCAUGUUCAGGUGGAAGUAAGAGUGAAACUACAAGCUGUGACUGUUCUGUCUCUGACCUUCAAACGCCUCCACCAGUGUCUACCCACAGCCGUGGGUACAGGGAGAAACUUGACUGUGAGAAGCAGGACCAGCACUCAACACCUGAUAAGAAAGAGAAACACCAGAUCCACCAAUCUAGCCCAACAAAGAAUUUACCUCAUAAAGAGAAGUUCAGGGAAUUAAUAGUCACUUCUGACCUUGAUGGCAGACACAGCGGAUCGCUCGACAGGAAGAGGCAGUUUGAGUGUGAAGGCAUCAACAAAGCAAAGAGAAUGAGGCACGAAAUGUCCAACAGUCCGUUUGGUUCUUCUCAGACUUUGCAGUAUUAUCCAUCUCCAUUCAUCACAACUUAUACACAUCCACCAGCACACAACAUGCACACUAACAUGAGUGAUUGCUCUUUCCUGUAUCCUAACAGCAUUAGAUUUAACGCGUCUUAUCCAGACACCAAGCCGCAUCCCUGCCAGACUUCUUCAUGGGAGACAAUGAGGGACACACACAGUUUCCAUUUUAGGAAACACACCCUUAAAGACUACUCACUGAAUACCUGCAAGGCAAUCAGGAAACCUCUUGUAGCAAGAGGUAUCACGUCACCUCUUUAUUUCCUUCGAGUGAGGGAGACACUUCUGUCGAGAGAAGUGUCAACACCGCUGCAGACGUCAGCGGCCUCAUACUGGCUCUGAUGCAGUAUUGGGACCCUGAGUCUCCAGAGUAGGCUCAGAAAGGGAGAGCUCACAUUCUCAAAUUUCAUCUCUCACUUCAGUUUUAUUUAUACAGAGCCAAAUAAAAACAGUCACCUCAAGGCACUAGGAAUCUCUGAGUAAUCAGCCAGAGUGGGAGAAAGGUAUUUAAAAAUAUAUAUUUACAGCACCUGUCUUGUGUUCACUGGUCAUUUAGGUUUCUGUGGUACUCCACACAGUGAGCAGCACUGAUUAUUUACACCUUAAAGUGUAAGCAGAUUCAUGUUCAUGUGCUUACUUUUUUUAAGUUGGGCUCAGGUUGGCCUCUAAAAAAAACCGGGAAAAAGAAAAACUGCUGAUUUAUGGAGUUUAUGGAGGUUCUGUCUGUAAGACUGUAUUUUGCACAUAAGCUUUGCGCUAAAUGCUAAAAGUGAGGAUGUAUGAAUAGAUGUGGAUUAACCCUCAUUAGCAUCUCUAAAACCACAAAGCCACAAAAAGACACAAAAACAUGGCACGAUCUUUUCUUGUUUCAAAAAUGUA